AUGCACAGACUGAGCCUUUUGUCCGCCCUACGACCACAUUCGACGAGACGCUUUGCGACAGAGGCGCGGUUGACUUCGGACCAUGUCCGUAUAGUUGAAGUAGGCCCUCGCGACGGGUUACAGAACGAAAAGAAGUCCAUAUCGCUCGAGACGAAACUUCAGCUCAUAUCAAAACUCGCUAAAACAGGUGUCACGACCAUUGAAGCAGGCUCUUUUGUACCGGCCAAAUGGGUUCCCCAGAUGGCGAGUACUGCAGAGAUAUGUGAACAUCUCCUACAAACACCUCCGCAAUCUCAAAAUGAAAUCGCAUACAAUUACCUUGUUCCGAACGUCAAGGGUUUAGAGGGCCUCAUCAAGGUCAUGGAUUCAACAGGGGCCUCGGCAAGCACAGAAGGGACCAAGACCAAAUCCCCCACCACGACUGAGAUCUCCCUAUUUGCUGCAGCAACAGAAGCCUUUUCCAAAGCUAACACCAAUUGCACCAUCCAAGAAUCGCUGGAUCGAAUUCGUCCCAUCGUAGCAUUGGCCAAGACCAAAGACAUCCGGGUCCGCGGGUACGUUUCCGUUGCUUUGGGCUGUCCAUAUGAGGGCCCAGAUGUUUCACCAUCCAAGGUGGCUGAUAUCACGGCGACUUUACUCGAGAUGGGCGCGGACGAAGUGUCGGUGGCCGACACUACCGGCAUGGGGACUGCACCCCGCACGAUGGAACUCCUCCAGGCUCUGAAGGCAGCUGGCAUAGCCAAUACAGACUUGGCGCUCCAUUUCCACGACACUUACGGCCAAGCGUUGGUGAACACUAUCGUAGGGUUAGAGCACGGGGUUCGCAUUUUCGACAGCAGUGUUGGCGGACUCGGCGGCUGCCCUUAUUCCAAGGGGGCGACGGGCAAUGUUUCAACCGAGGAUCUGGUGCAUACGAUUCAUGGUCUCGGCAUGCAUACUGGCAUUGAUUUGGAGGAGAUGUCAAGAAUUGGGUCAUGGAUUAGCGAUGAGCUUGGUCGGCCUAAUGAGAGUAGAGCAGGGAAGGCGACGUCUAUUAAAUCAUCACGUCUCAGCUUGCGACCACGGGUUACGCCUAAGGGACAAAUGCUGCCUCUUCCGGGUUCAACGUCUUCCACAUGGGUCCGUUUCCGCGUGCACCUUGGUGCAUUAUUCCACGGAGCUGACCCCCAGGUCUGUUUGAUCAACAACGUGCUCUAUGUUAUCAUCUUAUCCGCUGCGCUCGACCUUGUCGGGCCGAAUGUGCCAAAGGGCGUGGUACUGCUUGCCGAUGUAAUUCCGUCCUUCGGGGCGAAGCUCGUCGCCCCCUACUUUAUCCAGGCCGUCCCUUACUCCGUCCGGAUCGUGAUAUGUGUGGCUUUCUCUGCCCUGGGCAUGCUCGUGGUGGCUUUGAGUCCGGCAUAUGUUGAUGGCGGUACGAUAUCUUCUAAACUCGCGGGCAUUGUUUUGGCGAGCUUGUCGAGCGGUAUCGGGGAACUGAGUUUCGUUGGUUUGACACACUUCUACGGCCCGUUUAGUCUGGCGGCUUGGGGAAGCGGUACAGGCGCUGCUGGACUGGUGGGGGCUGGUGCAUAUGCACUGGCGACUACAUCUUUGGGUCUUGAAGUGAAAACGACAUUAAUGACGUCUGCUUUUCUGCCGGCUGUUCUGGCCGUCAGCUUUUUCUUCAUAUUGCCCCGAUCGCGGAUACGGUCUGGACACGCUGGAUCUGGAGAUGAAGAAGGACAUGCGGGUAACGGGGCACUCAGCGAUGAUCCUGAUGAAAGGGAGGGCUUACUUGGCUCGUCCAUUCAUUCCGCUGGGAGUCUCAAAGUUGCACAUCGAGGGCGUGGAUGGCAGAGCUUAAAGGCCAACCUGCAUCACGCGCGAGGGCUGUUCUUCCCUUUUAUGCUUCCACUGCUCCUCGUAUAUAUUGCCGAGUACACCAUCAACCAAGGGGUAUCACCGACGCUACUCUUUCCGCUCAAGGAGACCCCUUUCGCCCAUUACCGUGCAUUCUACCCCGCGUAUAAUGCAAUAUAUCAGGUUGGCGUCUUCAUCUCUCGCUCCUCCACACCUUUCUUCCGUAUACAUAACCUCUACCUCCCGUCUCUCUUGCAGAUCGUCAACCUGAUAGUGUUGACGAUGCACUCAUUGUUUAACUUCCUCCCCAACGUCUGUCUCGUUUUUAUCGUGGUUUUCUGGGAAGGCCUUUUAGGAGGUCUAGUAUACGUCAACACCUUUGCGGAGAUCGGCGACCGAGUACCUCGAGAAGACCGCGAGUUCUCACUCAGCGCAACCACGGUCAGCGACUCUGGGGGUAUUUGUAUCGCCGGCUUUCUGGGGAUGGUGUUCGAAGUCUGGCUCUGUGAUUGGCAAGUUUCGCAUGGAAGGGACUUUUGUCGAAGAACGUGA